UAACAAGCAACAACAUCUCAGCUUCCCUCUAUCUGUGGCUUUCUUGCCCAAGCAAUAAAGAGACGUUUCUAUUUGGAUGAGCAAUCGCACAAUUCAUCCCGAGGUUUCAAGGCUCUCUGUUUCCGAGACAGUGAAAAAAUGGCUAAUAAAAACAGGAGCAUUAUCUGUUUCCUGUGCGCGGCGGCAGCGGCGCUACUUUUCGCCGCUCCUUCUGAGUCGGCGAUAGGAGUGAACUGGGGUACCCUUUCCCUGCACAAGCUAUCGCCGCCGAAAGUUGUGGAUCUCCUCAAGUACAACGGUAUUUGGAAGGUGAAAUUGUUCGAAGCGGAUCCGGAUGUGCUCAGGGCGUUAAUGGGCAGUGGGAUUGAGGUCAUGGUUGGAAUCCCCAACGAGCUCCUUUCCCUCAUUGCAUCUUCUUCAUCCGCAGCUGAUUUGUGGGUUUCCCAGAAUGUGACCAGAUACAUGGUUAGAGGUGGUGUUAAUAUCAAGUAUGUUGCAGUUGGGAACGAACCUUUCCUCACAAGUUACUCUGGUCAAUACCAAUCUGACGUCCUUCCUGCUCUAUCAAACAUACAACAAUCUCUAGUCAAAACAAAUCUUGCAGGGUCCAUAAAGCUGGUUGUACCAUGCAACGCUGAUGCCUAUGAGUCUCCUUCUCUACCAUCACAAGGUACGUUCCGACCUGAACUGACCCAAAUAAUGACCCAACUUGUUUCUUUCCUAAACUCAAUCGGUUCGCCAUUCAUUGUCAACAUAUACCCAUUCCUCAGCCUCUAUGGAAACUCAGACUUCCCACAAGACUAUGCCUUUUUUGAAGGAACGACCCAUCAAGUGGUGGAUGGUCCGAACGUAUACUUUAACGCAUUUGAUGGAAACUUUGAUACUUUAGUAUCAGCCCUCUCCAAAAUCGGGUACAGUCAGAUGCCUAUAGUCAUAGGAGAGGUGGGUUGGCCCACGGAUGGAGCCGUCAGUGCCAACAUAACUGCUGCAAGAGCUUUCAACCAAGGGCUAGUGAACCAUGUACUUAGAAACCAAGGAACCCCUCUUAGGCCCGGGGCCCCUCCAAUGGAUGUUUACCUUUUUAGCCUCCUCGAUGAGGAUGGGAAAAGCAUUCUUCCAGGAAACUUCGAGAGACACUGGGGAAUGUUCUCUUUUGACGGGCAGGCAAAGUAUAAACUGAACCUCGGAAAUGGUUUGCUGAGGAACGCCAAAGAAGUAAGUUACCUUCCAUCCAGGUGGUGUGUGGCGAAACCGGAUAGAGACCUUUCAAUGGUGGAUAACCACUUUAGGACCGCGUGUAGCUUUGCGGAUUGCACGACCCUGGACUACGGCGGGUCCUGCAAUGGCAUUGGGCCAAAGGGAAAUGUGUCUUAUGCAUUUAACAGUUACUAUCAGUUGCAAAAACAGAAUCCGGGGAGUUGUGAUUUUGAUGGGCUUGGGAUGGUCACUUUCUUGGAUCCUUCUAUCGGUGAGUGCCGGUUUCUUGUUGGAGUCACAGAUGGAAAAUCUUCAGGUUUGAACUUGCAUAGAAGUUGGGUUAUAACUGCAUUGAUGACUUUUGGGUGUAUCUUGUUUUGUGUUACUACCAUAUGAUUGGGGGGUCCAUCUUUCCCGGAUCCUGAAACAGGAAAGAUACUGCACAGUUGAUACUAUAAACUAUAAAGUUAGAAGUGAGGUCCAGGUUAGUUUGUACAAGCUUAUAUUUAAUGUUCAUGUAUCAAAUGGACUAGAUUAGUUGAUAUUUAUGGUCUGGUGAUGUACACAAGCUGGAUUAUAGCAUGCAAGUAAAUUGAUGUAGAAUUGUGUAAUCCAAGCUCAAUGCGCAUGCACAUUACUCGAUAUGCAUGCAUAUUUGUCUUUCA